CUCCCCCAUGUUAUGUAGUCCUCCCCGUCCCGGAGUCUGCAGACUGGGAUCGUCCGUGUGAGAAGAUGCGGGCAGCGGGGCACCAGCUGGCCGCAGUGCUGACUCUGUUCGCCGCAGUGUGCGGGUCGCGGGCGGAGGUGAUCGACGACAUCCUGGCCAGCCUCUCCAGGGGAGCCACCUUCCUGGAGCGGCAACACGAGCACAUCAACCUGGACGGGGUGGUCGGCUUCAUCAUGCUGCAGGCUGAACUGAAGGAAGCAGUUCGGACGUGGCCUCACAGCGACCCGGUCAGCUGGGCUCAGAGAACCUCCGCCGUGGCUCUGGUCAAACGUCUCGAUCAAAGCUUCAACAAGGCCCUCGCCGCCCUGAAGCAGAGCGACCCCAAGUACUACAGAGAGUUUGAGCCCCUGCUGUCAUGGGGUUUCUGGUCGAUUCCUCAGGGCUGGAGCUCCACAGAUCCCAGCCUGGUCUAUCCCUCCAGCAUGACCACCGAGUGCUACGACGAGCAGCUCAGUGACAAAUGUCUGACGCUGCUGCUGGGCACCUGGAAGACAAACGGGACGCCCUGCAUCGUCACCAAGCCCUGUCGGGACACCAUGACCCGCUUUGGUUGUCCAUACUACUCUCUGUCCCACCAGCUGCUGUACUUCAUGAUUGGACAAAUGAGGGGCUGCACCAACCUGCUGAAAGGAGACACUCGGGCGUCCCGGGCCAACAUGACGGAGCGCAGCUACGAGAAGAUCUUCUGCUCCAACAUGAUGAAGACCAACCAGGACAUCAUCAAAGACGGUCUGACCGAUCAGAUGGUCGACAUCUUCAUUGAAAACAUCCUAAUUUGCGGAUUGGCUGGUUUCUCUGACUUCUACAAAGCUGAUUGGCUGCAGCAUAUCCUCCGGCUGCAGGACGAGGAAGAGGGCUGCUUCGGCAGAGACAAGAGCAUCAUGUCUCAGAUCAUCGGAGACGAGCUGCUGGAGCAGUUGCAGCCCCACAGGAGAGUCAAGAGGAGGGAGAAGAUACUUCCAGAUGGCUGCUCCAGUCACAUGACGGCAGUGGCUGUCGGUGCUCUGGGAGGGUACCUGAACUACUACCUGACAGAACAGGACAUCACGAAGAGGCCGCUCUCCUGAACGCCCCCCUCACCCUGUCCACACCAGAAAAACCAAUCAGAGAUGUUCAUCACCGUCGGAGACAAAAUGUUUCUUCAUGAACAAGAUGGUGAAAAUGCUUAAUAAAAUGCUGGGAUGGAU